CCCUCCCCUCUGAGAGAGCUCUGCCAAUCAGCUCUCUCCAGACCUCCGGCUGCGAGAGCAACUGCAUCAAGCCUGUGACCCUCCAACCUAACCAAAGUGUUGCAUUCUUCUUUCAUGGUGCUUUGUUCUGCAGCUGCUUACAUUUGUUCUUUGUUGUGGAGAUUUCUUCUUUCAGUCUCUUCUUCAGGAGGUAAAACAAAUGCUCAGUUUGAUUAACGUCUAGUGAUUGCCCUGACAAUCUCAGCUUCAAAAUGGACCCCAAAAAGAAUAAAGUCCUAUCCAAACUUGGAGAUAAAACCAGGCAAUUGUUCAAUGUCAAGGCUGGGAAAAAACACAAAAAGACUCCCCUGAAAUACAGAAGGAGCAUCUCCGUACCAGACUUGUUAAGUGAUAGGUCCAGUCCUUCCCUUUUAGACCCUACUAUUCAGUCUUCAUUUCCAGACUCAUUUGUUGGGCCAGGUCAUUCACUUGGUCCUGGUGAAGCAAAAUGUGAAACUGCCAGCCUAACCGAUAGUAUCACUGUCCCAGAUGCAACUACAGAAACAUCUUUGGAUCAAACUAUUACCACAAAUACAUCAUCAGCCAAGCCUCCGGACCAAAUUACAGCAACAUACACACCAACCUCAGCCAAGGUUACAGACAAUUUGGUACUUUCAAACACACCACCUACCAUCAUAUGUUCUGCAUCAGAGAGGCCAGCAUUUAUCAAUGUAUCAGGCACAAAGGAUAAAACAGAUAAACGGAUGGAGGAAAAGGAAAGAAACACCACAUGGUACAUAGAGGACAGUGAGUCAGCUUGUAGUACACCAUCUGAGGACCGCUCAUAUUGCUUCUGGCCUCCUGACCAUGACCUUGCAGGGUCAGAGCCUAUUACACCAAGAUCCACAGAGAUGUUUAUUAUCGGAUCAGCCGAGGACAAGAAUGAAGGUUCGAAUGAGACCAAUGACUAUGACACCAGUUUCUCAGGAAGAGAAAUGAAAAGCUCCGGAGUGAGUAGUGAACCCCAGGCUACUGCAGCAGGUCAGAAGCUCCAUUAUCUCCUCACCAUCAACUUAAAGGAGGGAAGGAACCUGGCCAUCAAAGACCGCUCUGGUACCAGUGACCCAUAUGUCAAAUUCAAAAUCGAUGCCAAGACAGUCUACAAAAGCAAGGUUGUGUACAAGAACCUGAAUCCUGUAUGGAAUGAGUGUUUCUCCAUCCUCAUCAGAGACCUGGACCAGAAGGUCUAUGCUAAGGUGUAUGACCGGGAUCUAAGAUCUCGGGAUUUUAUGGGUUUAAGCGCCAUCAAUCUCAGUAACUUGGAGAUAGACAAAACAUCUGAGAUAAUCUUGCGUUUGAAAGACCCUGGCAGUCUGGAAGAGGACAUGGGAGUAAUAAUUUUAGACGCCUGUGUGUCCAUCUGUGAGGGGCCCACCAAACGAAAUAAAUGGCAACUUAAGAGGAAAGGAAGCUUCAAUAAGGGUCAGCAUCGAGCAGCUGCCAUGCAGAAAAGCCAAGUGUGGAGUGGAGUAUACACUGUGGUGCUUGUAGAGGGGCAGGACAUGCCCGAAGGUGGACAAGGUGAUAUUUUCGUCCGCUUCAAACUAGCCGAGCAGAGAUUCCGAAGUAAGAAUCUAUGCAUUAAGACCAAUCCACAGUGGAGAGAAAGGUUUGAAUUCAAUCGUUUCGAAGAUGGCCAGCCAGACGUGCUGCUAGUUGAUGUCUGCUGCAAGAAGGGCAGAAAGUGUGAGGAAUGCUGGGGAGUGAUUGAACUUGACCUCUCGCAGCUGCCAGCCAAUACAACACAAACAUACAAUGUGAUUGCAGGCAAAGGUCGGUUGGUGUUUCUGGUCACACUGAACCCCUGUUCUGGAGUCUCCAUCUCUGACCUGGGCUCCACAUCUUUAGACAAUCCAUACACCUAUGAAACCAUCCUGAAGAACUAUAGCCUGAAGAACACGCUGGAUAAUAUAAAAGAUGUUGGCUAUCUCCAGGUCAAGGUUUUACGGGCUACAGACCUUCCAUCUACAGAUCUGAAUGGUAAGAGUGACCCAUUUUGUGUACUGGAACUUGGGAACAGCAAGCUGCAGACUCAAACCAUCUAUAAGACCCUCAAUCCAGAAUGGAGAACAGCUUUUACACUUCCAAUUAAGGACAUUCAUGAUGUGCUAAUGCUGACUGUUUUUGGUGAAGAUGGAGAUAAAGCGCCUGACUUUUUGGGGAAAGUUGCAAUUCCGUUGCUUGCUGUUUCUAAUGGACAACAAAUAACCAGUCUUUUGAAAAAGGACAAUUUGGCAGACGUGUCAAAAGGAAGCAUAACAAUGGAGCUGAAUGUUUUCUACAACCCAGUCAGAGCUGCCUUUCGAACUUUUCAUCCUAAAGAAACUAAGCUUGAGGAGGACAACCCAAAGUUCAAUAAAAAACUGUUAGCACGCAACAUUUACCGUGUGAGGAGGAUCAGCAUGGCCAUUUUGUAUACGCUGCAGUACAUUAAAAGCUGCUUCCAGUGGGAAAGCACUCAGAGGAGCAUCAUUGCCUUCCUGGUCUUUGUAUUGACAGUGUGGCAGUUUGAGCUGUUCAUGUUGCCUCUCUUCCUCCUGCUGCUCAUCGGCUGGAACUAUUUCCACAUUACGCCAGGUGCUGGCAGCCACAGUCAGGACCUGGAAAGCCUCUCUGCUGCAGAGGAAGAAGAUGAAGAUGAAAAGGAAUCAGAGAAAAGAGGCCUGAUGGAGAAAAUCCAUAUGGUUCAAGAAAUUGUGCUCACCGUCCAAAGCGUUCUUGAUGAAAUCGCAUGCAUUGGAGAAAGAGUGAAGAACACUUUUAACUGGUCAGUGCCGUUCAUGUCCUUCCUGGCCUGCUUUGUCCUAUUCAUUGCUACAGCUACACUGUACUACAUCCCUUUGCGCUACAUUGUCUUGUUAUGGGGUGCUAACAAAUUUACAAAGAAGCUUCGUAACCCACAUGCCAUUGAAACCAAUGAAAUACUGGAUUUUCUCAGGAGAGUGCCAUCUGAUGUUCAAAAGGUGCAGUAUACCGAGCUGAGAGCGCCUGGCAUCCAGAGUGCACAGAAGAAGAAGCGCUAGUUCUCAUGAAAGUUGUUCUGGAUGAAAGGGUGAGAAAGUGGUUAAAAGUGGUCCCCUCCCUUCCUGUACAAUCAGGCGGAACCCUCACCCAUCAGACUCUCAAAUGGCAGUGAAUAUGUGUGUGUGUGUGCAAUAGAAUGUUAUGUCACGCAAUGAUUUGCGGACUAGUAUUUUGGGAUGUAAUUAACAACAAGCAAUGGGAUUAAAACACAACAAGCAAUUAAAAAAUAAUUAAGAUAAUACUACUAUAAACAAAAAAAGGUGACACACACUGUCCUGGUGUUAUAUUAUUAUUUUGACGGAAAUGUGUUUUAUUUUUUUAAUAAAGGACAUAAGGUCUUGAUAUAUGCCAUGAUGAAGU